ACAGUAGGAUAAGCAGUAACAGCUUUGCUGGGAAACUGCCUAACUUUGAGAGCUGGAAAAACCUACAGAUGCUAGAGAUUGAAGGUUCUGGAUUUGAAGGACCAAUACCCCCAAGUGUAUCUGUUUUGACCAGUUUGAAUGAACUAAGAAUCAGUGACCUGAAGGGAGGUGCUUCAGAAUUUCCGCCACUUAGAAACAUGACUGGCAUGACUAAAUUGGUUUUGAGAAGCUGUAAUAUACAAGGGAAUAUUCCUGAUUUUCUAGCUGAAAUGAGCCAAUUACGGUUUCUAGAUCUGAGUUUCAACAAGCUUGAAGGAGGAAUCGCAUAUCUCGAAGGCCUGACUAACUUGGAGGCCACGUAUCUGACUGGCAAUGCUUUUGUUGGGCGAAUUCCAGAGUGGCUUAUUACUCGAGACACCAGAUACGUGAUAGACCUUUCCUACAAUAAGUUCGAUGAGAGCUCUGAACCAUCUACCUGUCGGGACAACCUAAACUUAUUCAGAAGCUUUAAGGCCGGGAAUUUUGUAGAGAACGGGAAGUGCUUGUCAAUGAAUCCAUGUUCAGAGGACAAGUACUCGUUGCACAUAAAUUGUGGUGGAGGAAGAGUACCUAUUGGAGACACUACUUAUGAAGCAGAUGAAGACUCAGCAGGUGCUGCAAAAUUUGUUUACUGGAAAGGGAACUGGGGAGCCAGCAGUACAGGACACUUCUGGGAUCGUAUCAUAUCGUUGAAUGACUACAAAGCAGAUAAUGUAUCUGCUAUCAAGGGAGACGAAUCUCAGCUCUACAUGACAGCUCACCUCUCCCCUUUAUCUUUGACUUACUUUGCACGUUGCUUAGCAAAUGGAAGCUACAGCUUGACACUUCAUUUCGCAGAAAUAGUUUACAGAGACAACCGAUCUUUCCAAAGUCUUGGAAGACGGAUAUUUGAUGUAUACAUACAGGACGAAUUGAAGCUUAAAGAUUUUGAUAUUGAAAGAGUAGCCGGAGGAGUUGAUAAAGCUUUGAAACAAAAGUUUAAUGUAACAGUAAAAGAUAAAACUGUACAGGUGCGCUUUCAGUAUGCUGGGAAAGGAACUACAGCAAUCCCAAGCAGAGGAAGCUAUGGUCCUUUAGUAUCUGCCAUCUCUCUGGAAGCUAACUUCAAGCCCCCUCCUCCGCCAGAGACCUCUUCUAAUCAAAAAAAGAGGAUUCGAAUUGUAGCUGCAGCGCUGAUGUCAGCAUUAGCUCUCAUUCUGAUGAUUCUCUUUGUUGCUUGGAGGAAAAGAAGAAACAGGAAAUUGAUGGAACCAGAAUUAAGAGGACUAGAUCUGCAAACAGGUAUAUUUACUUUCAGACAAAUUAAAGCUGCCACAAGUAACUUUGAUGCUGCAAACAAGCUUGGUGAAGGUGGAUUUGGUGCUGUCUACAAGGGUACACUAGCAGAUGGUACUAUAAUUGCUGUCAAGCAGCUUUCAUCCAAGUCAAGACAAGGGAACCGUGAAUUUGUAAAUGAAAUAGGCAUGAUGUCAGGUUUACAUCACCCAAAUCUCGUCCGACUCUACGGAUGUUGUGUUGAACGGAACCAACUUUUACUAGUUUAUGAGUACAUGGAGAACAAUAGCCUAUCUCAUGCUUUGUUUGGUCCUGAUGACUGUCGACCAAAAUUUGACUGGCCAACUAGGCAAAAGAUCUGUGUUGGCAUAGCUAAAGGCUUGGCUUACCUACAUGAAGAAUCACCUCUGAAGAUGAUUCAUAGAGACAUCAAAGGAACAAAUGUACUCCUUGACAAAGACCUUAAUCCAAAGAUCUCGGACUUUGGUCUGGCCAAACUUCACGAUGAGGAGAAUACACACGUCACCACCAGGGUUGCUGGGACUAUAGGUUAUAUGGCCCCUGAAUAUGCACUUUGGGGUUAUUUAACACAUAAAGCAGACUUGUACAGUUUUGGGGUGGUUGUAUUAGAACUAGUUGCUGGGAAGAACAACAUGAAAUAUAAUCCUGAUGAGAAUUAUGUCUGUCUUCUUGAUUGGGCCCUGGUUUUACAAAGAAAAGGAAAGUUUUUGGAGCUAGUGGACCCAAGGUUAGGUUCCAAUUACAACAAGAAGGAGGCAUUGAGGAUGAUUAAAGUGGCCUUACUAUGUACUAAUCCAUCUCCAGCACUAAGGCCAAACAUGUCUGCAGUAGUGAACAUGCUUGAAGGUCGUUUGGAUGUUAAUGAUUCUAACUUAGAUUCAACCGUCCACGAUGAUGGAUUUAAUUUUCAAGGACUAAGAGACAAAUAUGAUGAGACGCAAGUUAAUUCUAGUGAAAACCGAUCACUCUUUUGUUCAACUGACACAAAGGAUAUUGAUCGAUCUUCUUCUACCUUCCCUUCUACAUCUACCUCUAAAUAAGUCUUUCUUUUUGCUCGAUGUUGUAUUAUAAAAGAGGAAAAACGACGGAGGAGGAAUUGUUGAUCCUACCACAAUGUAUAUUUUAAUUAUUGCUUUCCAUACUGAGUUAAUAUUUGGUCAUAGAUUGUUC